UGGCGGGAGGCAUAUGAGCAAGCGCAAGAAGGGCGUGUCCUUGGACGAGAAGCGCGAGCGCAUUCUCAAGAUCUACCAUGACAACCUGGAAGUGUACAACUUGAAGGAGGUGGAGAAGCUGGGCUCGAAGGCAGGAGUGGUGCUGCAAACGAUCAAGGACGUGAACCAGGCGCUGGUCGAUGACAACCUCGUGGACACGGAGAAGAUUGGGUCGGGCAACUACUUUUGGUCGUUUCCGAGCAAGGUUGCGCAACAGCGAAAACGAAAACUGGAGGACUUGGAGGCAAAGCGAAGCGACCUGAAGGGGAAGAUUGAAUCGACAAAGCAAGCUGUGGCGGCGCAGAAGAGUCUGCGGACCGACUCGGACGACCGCGUCGUUAAGUUGGAACGUCUCGCGCUGCUCAAGAGCCAGAUCGAAGAAGCGAAUCGACGGAUGCACGUGUUAAGUGAAAACGAUCCAGACGUGUUGAAGAAACUUGCGAGCAAAGUGAAAGUAGCGAAAGAGGGGGUCGACCGCUGGACUGAUAACGUGUUCAACCUCAAAUCAUGGAUCAUCAGGAAGAAUAGCUGCUCGUCCGCGGAAGUGGAGAAAUGGCUUGAGAUCAAGGACGAUUUCGACUAUGUCGAGUAGACUGGGCCUCUGGUGGUUUCGUACCCUCGAGAUCAAACUAGGCAACAGAAACACAAGCUUCAUUCACUUGUUCGUAAUAUAAAUCUAUGCAUGAGAGAAGAAGUAUGCAUGAGAAGGGGUGUCCAUGGGAAGACGGCG